AUGGGUUUUUUUGAGACUUUAGUCAUUCUGUCUCUGUUUUUCAUUCCCAUGUUGUUCUUAAUAUGUAUAUAUAAAUCACAAAAGCAAAGAACUGUUAUCCCUACAGAUUGGCCAAUUCUUGGAAUGAUACCAGGGGUCCUUUUAAACGUCCAUCGACUCCAUGAAUACGUCACAGAAUUGUUGAUCGAUAGUGGAGGAACAUUCAUGUGGAAAGGUCCUUGGUUCACCAACAUGGACAUGCUCAUUACUUCCAAUCCUUUAGACAUCCACCACAUUCUAACUAGAAACUUUUGGAAUUAUCCCAAAGGUGAGAAUUUCCGUAAGAUCUUUGAUAUAUUAGGAGAUGGAAUCUUCAAUUCUGAUGGUGAGUUAUGGGAGAUCCACCGCAAGGUCACUAUGAGUGUAUUCAAGCAUGCUGGAUUUCAAAGUUUGUUGGAAACAACACUAUGGAACAAGGUGGAAAAGGGGCUUCUACCAGUACUUGAAUCCAUUUCUAGACAAGGCAAGGAGAUGGAUUUGCAGGAAAUAUUCCAAAGGUUCACUUUUGAUACUAUAUGCAAAUUACUUUUAGAUCAUGACCCAAAAAGCUUGUCUCUUGAUUUUCCUUACCUCCCUUAUCUGAAAGCGUUCUCGGAUGCUGAAGAAGCUAUCUUGUAUAGGCAUGUUACACCCUCAAGCAUUUUGAAAUUGCAACAAGUUCUUAGAGUGGGGAAUGAGAAAAAGAUAAGUGAUGCAUGGAAAACUAUUGAUCACUUUAUAUACAACUGCUUAAACCAAAAAUCAAAUGAGUACAACAUGAUGCAAUGUGAACAACAAGAGAAGUUCUUAGUAUUAACAGCUUUCAUGAGAAAAUUCAAAGAUAAUGGUGUUUCUUUUGGAGAUACCACCAAAUUUUUAAGAGACACCUUACUUAGUUUGAUGGUUGCAGGAAAAGAUAGCACUAGCACUCUUCUCUCUUGGUUCUUUUAUAUCCUUGCACAAAACUCUACCGUAGAAGAUAAGAUUUUGGAAGAGAUUCACACGCAUCUCGACGUGAAAUUACAUGAGAGAUGGAAAGCUAAAGAGCUUGGUGAAAUGGUUUACCUUCAUGGAGCUUUAAGUGAAUGCUUGAGGCUCUUCCCUCCUCUUCCAUUUAACCACAAAUCUCCAUUAAAACCAGACAUUCUUCCUAGUGGCCAUCAGGUUGAUCAAACUACCAAAAUCAUUGUCUCUUAUUAUUCCAUGGGAAAGAUGAAAUCAAUAUGGGGUGAAGAUUGCAUGGAGUUUAAACCUGAAAGGUGGAUUACUAAAGGAGGAGGAAUCAAACAUGAACCAUCGUAUAAGUUUCCCGCGUUUAAUGCUGGACCAAGAAGUUGUGUAGGUAAGGACUUGUCUUUAACUCAGGUAAAGAUAGUGGCAGCUAUGGUCAUCUACCACUACCAUAUUGAGCCGGUCAAAGGUCAUCUAGUGCUUCCGGCGGAGUCAAUGGUACUUCAGAUGAAGCAUGGUCUCAAGGUGAGAGUAACUAAGAGAACUACCAUCAACUAA